GCUUCUUCUAAAGGACUCCAUCUAUGAUUCGCCUUGGCAGCUCUGCUCCAGGCCUCACUGGCCUGUGGGCCUUCCUCCUAUGAAAGGUGGGAGAUGCCAGCCACCUGUGCUUUUCCCAGCCUGAGGACUCCCAGGUGGGUGGGACUGGGAGCCGGGAUUGGCUUGCAGGCCCAGUAAAGGCAAGGGGCUGAUGCAGGCAGGCAGACAGGCAGGACUACUGGCAGAGCCCCACUGAGGCCACCACCACGAUUGUCAGGCCCCGGUGCCCUGUGAGCUGGGGCUGUUUGCUGACCAGCUUCUGAGUACCCUGUACACCAUGGACGCCGCCAGCGGCCAGGCCUGCUCGCUCUCCUCGCUCUAUGUGGGCGAUCUGCACCCCGACGUGACUGAAGCAAUGCUCUAUGAGAUGUUCUCCCCCCUCGGCACUAUUCUGUCCAUCCGCGUGUGUCGGGAUGUGGCCACCCGGCGCUCUUUGGGUUAUGCCUACAUCAACUUCCAGCAGCCUGCUGAUGCGGAGCGGGCACUUGACACAAUGAACUUUGAGAUGAUCAAAGGCCAGCCCAUCCGCAUCAUGUGGUCCCACCGAGACCCAGGGCUUCGAAAGUCUGGUAUGGGCAACAUCUUUAUCAAAAACUUGGAGAAUUCCAUUGACAACAAGGCUCUCUAUGACACCUUCUCCACCUUCGGGAGUAUCCUCUCUUCUAAGGUAGUAUAUAACGAACAUGGAUCGCGAGGUUUCGGCUUUGUGCAUUUUGAGACCCACGAGGCUGCCCAGAAGGCCAUCAACACCAUGAAUGGGAUGUUGCUAAACGACCGAAAAGUCUUCGUAGGCCACUUCAAGUCUCGACAGAAGCGGGAGGCAGAGCUGGGGGCUCGGGCCCUAGGGUUCACCAACAUCUAUGUGAAGAAUCUACACGUGGACACGGAUGAACAAGGCCUCCAGGACCUCUUCUCCCAGUUUGGAAAGACGCAGAGUGUGAAGGUGAUGAGAGACAUCAACGGCAAGUCCCGGGGCUUCGGCUUUGUCAAUUUUGAGAAGCAUGAGGAAGCCCAGAAGGCUGUGGACCACAUGAACGGGAAGGAGGUGAGCGGGCAGCAGCUGUAUGUAGGUCGGGCCCAGAAGCGGGCAGAGCGGCAGAGCGAGCUGAAGCGCAGGUUUGAGCAGAUGAAGCAGGAGAGGCAGAGCCGCUACCAGGGUGUGAACCUCUAUGUGAAGAACCUGGAUGACUCCAUUAACGAUGAGAGGCUGAGGGAAGUUUUCUCUACCUAUGGAGUGAUCACCAGUGCUAAGGUGAUGACAGAGAGUAGCCAUAGCAAGGGCUUUGGCUUUGUGUGCUUCUCCUCUCCAGAAGAGGCAACGAAGGCCGUGACGGAGAUGAACGGGCGCAUCGUGGGCACCAAGCCACUGUACGUGGCCCUGGCCCAGCGCAAAGAGGAGCGGAAGGCCAUCUUGACGAACCAGUAUAGGCGGCGCCUCUCUCGCCCUGUCUUGAGCUCCUUCCAGCAGCCUACCAGCUAUUUGCUACCUGCUGUACCCCAGUCUACAGCACAGGCUAUGUACUAUGGUUCUGGCUCUAUAGCUCCAAUACAACCCGAUCCCAGGUGGACUGCCCAGCCGCGUGGACCUUCGUCUACCUGCUCUCCAGCUGCCUCCGUGGUCCAGCCUCUAAGCUCGACGCAACACUCCUGUAUUCAUCUCAGCGGAGCCAGGCAGGCCUCCCAUCAGGUGCCUCAUGCGCAGAGAGUGGCCAACAUUGGUACCCAAACUACAGGGCCAGGUGGGGAUGGAUGCUCUAUUCCAGGCCAGCCUGUCUUGCCACACAGACGCUCCUCAGCUGUACACAAUGCUCAUGGGGUCCAGGAAUCGGCUGUCUAUGUGCCUGGCCAUCAGCCUCUGACUGUGUCCAUGCUGGCUGCCGCGCCCCUGCAUGAGCAAAAGCAGAUGAUUGGGGAGCGUCUCUACUCCCUCAUCCACGAUACCUGCGCCCCGCUGACUGGCAAGAUCACGGGCAUGCUGCUGGAGAUGGACAGCCUGGAGCUUCUGUUCUUGCUGGAAUCCCCAGAGUCCCUCCAUGCCAAGAUAGAAGAGGCAAUGGCGGUACUGCAGGCACAUCGGGACCUGGAGUCAGCAGAAGGCUAAAAGAACUGAACACGGUGGCUGCCUGGGGGUGGAGGGACCCACGACAGAGCAGCUGAGCUGCUCCCCUAAGACUGGAUAGAACCCAACAGAGGCCGGCAUUAAAAAGCUCACUGUG